AUGUUCGCCGUUAAAUACAUAAUCAUAUCUUCUAGUAUUACUACUACUACUACUACUACUACUACUACUACUACUACUACUACUACUACUACUACUACUACUACUACUACUACUACUACUACUACUACUACUACUACUACUACUACUACUACUACUACUACUACUACUACUACUACUACUACUACUACUACUACUACUAUUUCAUUUAACUCCAAAAUUCUGUUAUAUACUGGUCUAUUUAACGCUAACAAACUGUUUGUGCUUCCACAUAUUUUGACCAUUAUAUGGUUCACUUGUCUAACAAUUUGA